AUGAUGGAGAAUUCCUCGAUCUACGCGAAUUUGUCGGAAUACCAGAUGAGCUAUACUGCUUAUUUAGGGACAGGAAUAUAUGUGGCAUUUGUAGGAAUCUUGUCCACCUUUGGGAACCUUAUCGUGAUUGUGGUGAUAUGCGGGAAACGCAAAGAAAUCAACUUCCAGAAGAAGCAGCACAUUCCUCUUCUUCUGAACCUGGCCGUCGCUGACAUCGGCGUGUCCUUGUUUGGUUACCCUUACACCAGUCUGUCCGGGAUGGCCGGAAGAUGGCUGUUCACGGACGAACUCUGCACGAUGGCCGCCUUUUUCUGUUUCCUUCUCUCAUUGGUCAGUCUGAGCAGCUUAGUAGUCGUUAGCAUCAUCCGUUACAUCGUCAUCUGUAAACCCGGCCUGAAGCCUCGGUUGACUUCCCGGAUGAUCAACUACACUGUACUGCUGACCUGGCUGUACGGGGUGGCCUGGGCGGUGAUCCCGUUGUUCGGACCUGCUGCCUACACGUACGAAAUGUUUGGAACGUCCUGCAGUAUUAACUGGACGAGAGGGCUCCUACAGGACACCAUCUUUAUCAUCUGUAUCGAUGUCUUCUGCUUUCUGAUUCCUCUAGCUAUCAUUGCCACGUGCUAUGUUCAGAUUAUCCUUAGGUACCGCAUGAUUUCUGCCCCAUCUACAACAGGAUAUGACAACUCUGACGGUUUUACAAAAAUGAAAGCCCGACGUGACAUGCGCGUUACCUGGCUGGUUCUGGUUCAGGUGGGGUCUUUCAUCACCGUCUGGACACCUUAUGUCGUGGUUUCGGGCCUCUCCUUGGUAUAUUCUCUCCCAGUUUGGGUCACUGUCCUCCCAACCAUGUUCGCCAAGCUGUCAUGCGCAGUCAAUCCUAUCACAUACAGUCUACUCAACAGAACCUUCCGGCGCAUGUCCAGAGACAUUUUAUGCAAAUGUGCACUGCGCAAAGUUAGCCACAGCUCGGACAAAUACCGCCCUACUAACAGGUAG